CUUUUCCUCCCCUUUUCCCUCGAUUUGCAAGCACCUCUCACCACCAACCUCACCUCGAGCCGAUCACCAUGGACAGUGUGUAUCAUCUAGUACCGCGAUUAUCUUUGUAAUCAUAUUGGCAAGAAUGCCUCUGAAUUUCGGUGACGCCGAUGGGAGCUGCGGGCGGCGUCCCCUGGAAUUUUGUCUCGGCGCUGCGCAACGCGCGCGCUACGCGGCGCGUCACCCAUCCGUCGUCCCUGACGCGCACGGCGCAACCGGAAUUCUGUCUCCUGGCGGACGGAUGUUGCUGCCUAGCGGCUGCAUCGUGUUUGUUUUGCGCGCCUCGAGGAGGAAGAAGACGACGCGCUUGCGGCUGUGUGGGUACUGGCCACACUGGCCAGCUUAUGGGGUCGCGUGUUGGGCCAACUCAGACCAGGGUCAAAUGCCGCGGCGCAGCCGCGAAAGUAGGGGCUGGGGCGAGGGGCCUGCGGUGCGUCAGCUUCUAGCAAUUUUAUACUCAUUCUCCUCUAAAAAAAGCAAUUUUAUACUCAUUCUGUCCAACAAAUAUUGUGUUGAUAAAAUCUGGCUAAGUCCUUAAAAUUGGACAGUCAAUAACUUUUAAGAUAUUUGGUGUAUGGAUCUAUGAAAUCAUGUGUGCACAUAUUUGCCUUAAAAGAACAUUUUUGUAACAUCAUAAUUCAUAAUCUAUUUGGACUUUAUAAUCUAUAUUUUAGUAUAGAAUAAUGGUCAAAUGUACACGUUGGGAGCCAUGACAUGUCCAUAACAUCAAGUACUUCUCCCCAGAGGAUCAAAAUAAGCUUAGUAUAGCAUCUAGGAGCAAUAAGCUUUGUAUAACAUCUGGGAGCAAUCAUAGAUUAGUAGGUCAAUGGUUUUUGGCGGCACUGCUACUUUCCGAUCAAUUUUCUAUUGAUAUCACAGGAGUAAAUAUUUUGACAUUAGACCGUUAUGGAAUGUGAAGUACAGUUCAUAUUUGUAGAGACAAAAUUUCCAAGAAGGCAGCAUUUUUAUAUUUCAUUGAUCAAUGCUGGAGAUAGUGAGAGACAAAAUAGAAAACAUCAUUUCUAACUUAGAGAUUCCUGGUCCUAGAGGCCAUGAGAUGUUAUUUUUUUGACAAAUGCCAUUAGAUGUUAAUAAUCUGAUUAUUUGGAGAGUUUUGGUGAAAGGGAUCACUAGUUUUUUUAAGUAAUGUUGCUUGUUUUGGUUUUUUUUCCUUGCCUACGAAUGUGCUUAUUGUAAUUGAAUUCGGUUUAGAGGCCAACUUGGCUCCACAAAGCUUUUUUUUUUAUAAGAGGCUCUACAAACUGCGUGCUUCUUAAUGUGAAUACGGAACUACGCGCAUGAAACUUUCUGAUUCAGCUUUUAUCACUUUAUAGAUUCCUCCUCCUGCACGUGUUGGAAAAAAGUCACCGUUCUUCUUGACACGCAAUGUUUAGGACUUGUUGCUUUUACAUGCUAUCGGCGUCUUCGACUGCGAGUGUUAGUUAGCCUGCGUUUCCAGGCAAGGGGCCCUAUAUCGGCGGUUUAAUCAACAGACCCUUUGGCUGAUCUUCCUGGUGAUUUUCUCGUCAAGCAGAAUCUGUGUCCUUGACGCAAAACCAAACAAACAUUUGGACAGAAUCCUUGGUUUCUCUUUCUUUCCUUCACUUGCAUAAUAUCGCAGAAAAUCAAACAUCCGAGGAAAACAUGGUCAGCAGAGUUACUCUGACCAGGAGUCUAAAUAUCGCUUUGGUCGAUUCUUGAGUGGGAGGUUGGAGCAGUACUCUGAAAGAAUACAGGCAUGACUUCAGCGAGAGGGCUGUACCUGCUAUCUAGAAGAAGAAAACAACCACACCUUUUGACCAGAUCUAUCCAGCCUGUCGGCAAUGAGAUAUCACAAGCAAGAGUCAGUGGCGAUGAGCUUACCAAUGCAAGCAUAGAUGCACUGUAGGCUGCCGUCUCUGGCCUUUUGGCACACAUACCUAUAAACACCAUUGCUCCCUCUCUUUUUUUCGAUAAAUACAUAUAAAUAUUUCCCCUUGAUUUCUUCCAUUUCAUCUCACUAAAAACUAAAGACGAUGCAGAUGAUAUAUGAGAACAUUUCAUCUCACUAUUUUUUUGUUGUCUUAUGUUAGUAAUACAAUCGUUCAUGUUUGAAAAGAGCAAGAAAAAUGCACGCCAUUUUUUGCUCUACUUUACUCAAUUACUAGGAGUAGCAUUCCUGUGCCGGCAAUCCCGAGCAGCAGCUGGGUCAGUCGGAAUUCUAUAUUGCACCCCGAACCAAACGCAGAUCAAGGGACCUUUUGUUUUUUGACAAAGGAGCGUGCAAGAGGCCUUUUUGUUGUUGACUUUCUGUGAGAGUGACGUACGUCUCCGGGGUUCAAUGAUUCAUUUGGACUUGUAUGUGCCUCUCUUAUCAUGCGAGACAGGGACAUGGGUCUUCUCUGAACGUGUGGUAAUGUGUAAAGGUUAAGGCAACUGGUCAAUUAUUGCUUGCUAAUUAGUAAGUGAUGCUACAUGAGGAAGAUUAUGUAUUUGUGUACUCGGAUUGGAGACUACACCACUACGGUCAACAGCUCAUGAACGGUCUGGACAGCGAGUGCGCACAUCAUCACAGCGGUCAUCGGCUCUGGCGUGCUGUCUCUCGCCUGGUCGACGGCGCAGCUUGGCUGGGUUGUUGGACCGGUGACCCUUAUGAUCUUUGCCUUCAUCACGUACUACACCUCCAGCCUCCUUGCCGACUGCUACCGGAGUGGCGAUCAGGCCACAGGGAAGAGGAACUACACCUACAUGGAUGCCGUCGCUGCAUAUCUGGGUCGAUGGCAAGUCUGGUCCUGCGGUAUUUUCCAGUAUGUCAACUUGGUUGGAACCGCCGUUGGGUACACCAUUACAGCAUCCAUCAGCGCGGCGGCUGUGCACAAGGCCAACUGUUUUCACAAGAAGGGCCACGCGGCCGACUGCAGCCAAUACGACACCAUGUACAUGAUAGUCUUUGGGAUUGUGCAGAUCUUCUUCUCCCAGCUCCCAAACUUCAGCGACUUGUCGUGGCUUUCCAUCCUUGCCGCCAUCAUGUCCUUCUCCUACUCGUCCAUCGCCGUUGGCCUCUCUUUGGCACGGACCAUUUCAGGUCGUACUGGUAAGACUACUCUGACUGGCACUGAGGUUGGAGUAGACGUUGAUUCAGCCCAGAAGAUCUGGAUGGCACUCCAAGCUCUUGGCAACAUCGCGUUCGCGUACUCCUACUCCAUGAUUCUCAUAGAAAUCCAGGACACGGUGAAGUCCCCUCCGGCCGAGAACAAGACGAUGAAGAAGGCCACCCUGCUGGGCGUGUCGACCACCACGGCGUUCUACAUGCUUGCAGGUUGCCUCGGCUACGCAGCGUUCGGUAACGCCGCACCGGGCAACAUCCUGACCGGGUUCGGCUUCUACGAGCCCUACUGGCUGAUCGACUUCGCCAACGUCUGCAUCGUGGUGCACCUGGUGGGCGCCUACCAGGUGUUCUCCCAGCCCAUCUUCGCUGCUGUUGAGACGGCGGCCGCCACGCACUGGCCGAACUCCAAGUUCGUCACCCGCGAGCACCCCCUCGUGGCCGGCCGGUUCAAUAUCAACAUGCUCAGGGUGACUUGGCGAACGGUGUUCGUGGUGGUGAGCACGGUGCUCGCCAUCGUGAUGCCCUUCUUCAACGACAUCCUAGGCUUCCUUGGCGCAAUCGGGUUCUGGCCGCUCACUGUCUACUACCCGGUGGAGAUGUACAUCCGGCAGCAGCGGAUACAGAAGUACACCACCAGGUGGCUGGCGCUGCAGACACUCAGCUUCCUGUGCUUCCUGGUGUCGCUCGCCUCGGCGGUCGCGUCCAUCGAGGGCGUCACCGAGUCGCUCAAGCACUACGUCCCCUUCAAGACCAAAUCAUGAUGACUGAGCUUCCAUGUGAGAAAAGGGUUAGGAAUGGCGUAGGACCAUGCGAUGCUCGCUCAGCGGUUGACAGUAAUGUUUGUUGUUGUGCGAGAGGUCAGAACUGGUCAGACGCCAUUCCUAGGGUGCUCAAAAAUCCGAGAGGUUUCAUGGCGUCUUGGAUAUAUUGUACAUUGUACAGAAGCUUGAGCUGAUAUAAAAAUUUAAGAGUUAGCAAGCUUGUUCAAA